UCUCGAUCGAUCAGGAAGGAAGGAAGAAGCUAGCAGGCAGGGUGCGUUAAGGCUUUGUGUGAUACAAUAGGAGUAUCAAAAGAUGUCUCAGAAGCGGAAUCUUCCUUCUUGGAUGAGUUCAAGGGAUCCUCCUGGGAGCAAGAAGCCCAAGGAUGAAGGUGAUAACCACAUAAGCAUCCCAAACAAAGAGCACACCACUAGAAAUGCUCCUCCUCAGCCAAACCAAUUCUCUAAACUUAUGGAAGGAGUUGUUUUUGUGCUGUCGGGGUUUGUUAAUCCUGAGAGGAGUACACUAAGGUCCCAGGCCUUGGCGAUGGGAGCCACUUAUCAGCCUGAUUGGAACUCUGACUCCACCUUGCUCAUCUGUGCUUUUCCAAACACUCCUAAGUUCCGUCAAGUUCAAUCCAACUCUGGAACAAUUGUCUCCAAGGAUUGGAUAAGUGAGUGUUUUAUGCAGAAGAAGUUGGUCGAUAUUGAGCAAUACCUUAUGCAUCCUGGAAAACCAUGGAGGAAGACCAGUGUUCCCCAAGAUACUCCUAUUCGAGAAAAGAAGAAGCAGUUGGCUAUAAAAUCAGAGGAGAAUCAAGUAGAGACAAAACCAGAAACAAGGGGAACGUCAUCUGCUUCAUCCAAGAAUAGACCAGCUUGCAAAACUGUGAAAGAGCGAUUUUCUGUUACCGAGGUGAAGAAAUGGGCAAGGGAGGACCUAACUGAAACCAUCUCAUGGCUAGAGAGUCAGGAGGAGAAACCAGAAGCAGGCGAGAUCAAGAGAAUAGCUGCAGAAGGAGUGUUAACUUGUUUACAAGACGCCAUAGAUUCUCUUGAGCAGAAGCAGGACAUAGGAUCAGUAACGGAGCUGUGGAGCUUUGUGCCUCGCGUAGUGAAGGAGCUUGGAAAGAUGGAGUCUUCUUCUUGUAAAACAGAAAACUCGACAGCUUCAAAAGAUGAGCUGUGCAAGCAAGCAAAGUCGUGGAAGAAGAUCUACGAGGCAGAGCUAGCAAAAAAGGGUGAAGAAGAAGAAGAAGCAUCGGGAACAAAAAGCAGAAGAACCUCUGGGUACGACAGUGACGAGACCGUUGAAAUGACUGAAGAAGAGAUUGAGCAUGCUUACAGGAAUGUUUCUUUAGAGUGAUCAAACUUGUUUCAUUUUGCUUGCAUAUGAUGAAAGAGCACUGGUUAGUUCGGUUUUAGUUCUCAGUCUUUGCAGCUCGAAUCUAUUGCAUUAAAUUCGGUUUUGAUUAGCGGUUGAUACAAUUUUGAUCCGGUCAGUAAGGUUCGGAUCGGAUCUACUUGCUGAAUGUAUUGACAACCGGCUUGAUUGACUCUCUUAAAUGACUCAACCGGUCUAAUACAGCUUAAUUAAUGCGAACCG